GGUACGGUGGCCGGGCGGGACCGGGAGCGGGACCGGGAGCGGAGCCGGGCGGAGCCAUGGAGGUCCAGUCCUACUACACCAAGCUGCUGGGGGAGCUGAACGAGCAGCGCAAGCGCGACUUCUUCUGCGACUGCAGCAUCAUCGUGGAGGGCAGGAUCUUCAAAGCCCACAAGAACAUCCUGUUCGCCAACAGCGGCUACUUCCGAGCGCUGCUCAUCCACUACAUCCAGGACAGCGGGCGCCACAGCACGGCCUCGCUGGACAUCGUCACCUCCGAGGCUUUCUCCGUCAUCCUGGACUUCCUCUACUCGGGCAAGCUGGACCUGUGCGGGGACAACGUCAUCGAGGUGAUGUCCGCGGCCAGCUACCUGCAGAUGACCGACGUGGUCAACUUCUGCAAGAGCUACAUCAGGUCCUCGCUGGACAUCUGCAGGAAGAUGGAGAGGGAGGCCGUGGUGUUCUACCAGGCUGACAGCGGCAGCUCGGCCAGGGAGGGCCCCUCUGCUGGCUCCAAGGGUGCCGGCCCCGUGUCCUCCAUGCAGGAGAAGGUUCUGGAAUGCCAGAGGGACCCUCCCUGCGGGGAGUGCAGUGGCUGCCACCCGCUGGAGGUGGUGGCCAGGGACCCUCAGAGCAGCGUUUCCCCCGAUGGCUGCAGGAGGGUGGAGCCCAAGGUGGAGUUUGAGGCCGAGCCGGCGGCGGCGGCGGCGCUGGAGCCCAUGGAAGAGGGGCAGCCCCUGGAGCUGGCCUGCAAUAACCUGCACAUGAAGCAGUUCCUGGAGGCUCUGCUGCGCAACAGCUCGGCCCCGAGGAAGGAGGACGUGGUGCAUCACCUGGUGCGGGGAUUUGAGGGUAGGGCUGAGGAGGCUGGAGUGCCCGUGAGCUCCAUGGUGGACAUUCACAGCGACUGGUAUGGUGAGGACACAGGUGACGUGCUGGUGGUGCCCAUCAAGCUGCACAAGUGCCCGUUCUGCCCCUACACAGCCAAGCAGAAGGGGAUCCUGAAGCGACACAUCCGCUCGCACACCGGGGAGCGGCCGUACCCCUGCGAGACCUGCGGCAAGCGCUUCACCCGCCAGGAGCACCUGCGCAGCCACGCGCUCAGCGUCCAUCGCUCCAACAAGCCCAUCAUCUGCAAGGGCUGCAGGAGGACCUUCACCAACAGCCUGUCGCAGGGGCUGCGGCGCUUCGGGCUCUGUGACAGCUGCACCUGUGUCACCACCACCCACGAGGACUCCCUGCCCAUCAACCUCAGCCUGGUGGAAACGGCCUCAGAAGGGCAGGAAAAAGGAGAUGCUGACAAUGAUUGGCCCAUCUAUGUGGAGUCUGGGGAGGAAAAUGACCCAGCUGAGGAUGAUGAUGGCGAUGACAAGCAGGAAAUCCACCGCAGUUUGUCAGACAGAGAGACUUUGAUGUAGCAGUGAGAGGAGAGGGGGAGCACUCAGAGGUUCCCUGGCAGUGUCUGUGACAGAAAACUGCACAUUUGCUCAAUCAGUGACACUGUGCUGGUUUUUAUUAUUCUGGGUUUUAAUUCAAUUGUGAGGAGAAUUGGAUUUUUUGAUACUUUUUAAGUUUUCAGUGCUGUGCACCAGAAAUCUGUGAAGAAUCUUCAUCUGGGGCUCACAGAGGUUGGACUUGAGCAGUUUCUCUGCCUGCUGGUUUUGGGUUUGCAGGUGGAACACCUCUGGGUUGUUUUGGGGACAGGUUUUUUCAAAUAAUGAGUCCUGGUCCUUAAUCCCUGAUCUGAAAGGGAUGCCACCUUUCCUCUGAAGAUGACAUAAAAUGUGGUUUACAUCUCUUACCUUGGGACUUUUCCAAGCUAAUCUGUGAUCUUCUGUCUUAGGACAGUGUUAUCUAAAUGAUGAACCAUAAAUGUUUGCUGAGACUGGGUUUGACCUGGAAACCAGGGCAGAAAAACCAUGAUAACAAAAAAAAAAAACAAAACAAAACAAAAAACCAACAAAAAUAUGCUGCUGCUGAAAGGAUAGACAGGAAGAAUCCAUCUCUUUCACAUAAUUAAUUGCAGUAAUUUAUAGGUCAAGCUUUUCUUUCUGAAUUUUUACUGCAUCUUCCUCUCCUGAGAGCUCAGGCCGUAGAUCUUCAGCUGUGUCUUUAAUGUCACCCAGAAUUCAGUAGUCUUGGCUUCAAUAUUAAACACAAAAAUGGUGUUUUAGUGGCCAGGACCAAGAGAAAACCCCAAAUUCUUUUCAGCUUUUUACAAUAGGAGUUAAAAGCUGUCAGGCAGAUUCCUUGGGAAUUCUGACUGUGGCACUUUGAAUAACCAGACCCACACCUGGUGCAGCUGAGGAGCAGUGAAAUAUCUGAGCUGUGCUAUAAAAGAGCUCUGAAUGCCCUUUUGGAAUCAUUUUCUUCCUCUUUUCCUGUAAUUUCUUUUCAAAUUCGGGUAUCCUCUCAUGAUUUAUAUUUGGUGAUUUUAUCCAAUAUUUAUUUUCUUAAAAAACCUCCACUGUGGACCUCCUGUUUCUUUGCUGGGGCAGCUAAAACUUUACAAAGGAGGUGAGAUUUUGUCACCUUUCCAGCAGCAAGUUUUUUAGAGCUAUCAAAACUCAGGCUGGGGAGCUUUAGAAGAAAACCCAGCACCACCAGAAAGCCUGUUUGCUUUGGGGUGACCUCCUGUUCCCUGACAAAGGGACAAAACUGAAAUAUACUGUGAAAUAAGACUGUUAAUGCUUCUUCACUCUGCUGUUCCCAAGUGUUUCACGAAAAGGCAAAUUUGAUGAGUCUUUUUGGCUGGAGCAGAAUUUUUUUAGACAGAUUUGGCUGACAAAGAGUGAGCAGUUCCUCCCACUUGGUGCUGUUUCCUGAGGGUUUUUUGGUGUAAAGAUUGUUCCACUUGGCAAACCUAAAAAACCCCAGAGCCUUCUGAUUUAACCAGGGUUUGUUCUGCAUACCUCGUGCUUUUCUUGUACACGUUGAAAAAGAACAAUUCAGCUUCUCCCUCUGCUUCACCCAGCAGUGAAACUGCCCCAUUAUCAUCUCAGAUUUAUUUGUGAGAGGUGAUCCUGCUCUCACAAGUGCAGCCAAGGGUUCCUUGCCACAGCAGGUAGGAUGAGGAAAGAAGAAAUAAAGUUGUUUUUAAAGAAUUCACUUUAUUGGUGGCUGCUGCAAAGAGCAGAAGGUGAAGAGACUUCUUCUGGAGUGGUGUGCUCCAAGUUCUUGAUGAUGUGCUGGGUUUAUUUUCUGUCCCUUAAUUUGGGUGAUUUUCAGUCAUCCCUGUUCCAGAACAGCUGGGAAUUGGAGUUAGUAUGAGCUGGAGCACAGGACAAGAUCUUUACAGAAUUCCCUGCUCCAGAGCCCCUGGUUUAAUCAAUCUGAAUUAAGGGACAUUGAAGGGACAGCUCAUGGAGGUGCCACUUUUGGAGCUCCUCUGAAAUCCUGCUGUGCUUUUGGCUCCUUGGUGCUCUUGAGCAAAAUGUGGGGCUUGUAAAUCUUGCUGGAAUGUUUGGAAAAGCACCUUCCAGCCUCCCAGGGCUUGUCUUUUGGACUGCUGGUGAGUCCACCCAAAACCACAGGGUGAUAAAGGAGGGACUUUCUGCCUUGAGAGCCAUGGAUAAAUCUGAUUUUUUUGGGAGACUCACUGAUGGAAGUGGGGCAGGAAUGUAAGUAGGGAUCAAAUGAAUAUUGAGAAUUGUGAAGAUUCCACCUCGCUGUAAAUAUUGGUAGAAGCCACAAGACCUGGAGUAUCAGCUCAGGUCUUGUAAAUCUCGCUGGAAUGUUUGGAAAAGCACCUUCCAGCCUCCCAGGGCUUGUCUUUUGGACUGCUGGAUUUUUGGUGAGUCCACCCAAAACCACGGGGUGAUAAAGGUGAUAAAGGAGGGACUUUCUGCCUUAAGAGGCACGGGUAAAUCUGAUUUUUUUGGGGAAACUCGCUGAUGGAAGUGGGGCAGGAAUGUAAAUAGGGAUCAAAUAAAUAUUGAGAAUCAUGAAGAUUCCACCUCGCUGUAAAUAUUGGUAGAAGCCACAAGAGCUGGAGUAUCAGCUGAGCUGCCUCUGGCUCGUGCUCCACGAGGUUGGGAAGCUCCUGGCGUGGCUGAACUCUGCUGACUGAGCCUGGGGAGACCUUGGAGCAGGGAAAAUGAACCCUUUGGGAGCUGCAGGAGUGGCUGCAGAGACUUUUCCCUUCACCCUUAGAGAUUGUCCUUGUGUGUUCGUGCCUAGAGAAUGGAGCUGUCAGGGGCCGGGUGGGCGGGGGGAGGAUUUUCCACAGGGAAAUUUCCACCAAACUCGGUGGUUCCUGUUCAAUUGUCAUUUUGUGCUGCUUUGUUUUGUUUUCUGUGGAGUCUUUUCAGCCUUUGGGUGUAGAAGAGGAUGGAGUUUAUUUAUCCACAUGCUUGUGACCGGGGUGUUCAUGUAAAUCCGUUUUCUUGUGCUUUUCCGCUUCGUUUUCUGGAUGUUUUUUCCUGAAAUCUUCCAUUUGUAGAUCCAGCCUCUACAAGCUUUGAGAAAAUGAUGUUGGCUGUUUAGAAAAAAAAAAACCUUCCUGUGGUGCUUGAUGAAGAAACAAAAAUCAUCUUUUUAGGGGAGCUAUUUCUAAUAGAAUCUCUUUCUCAAAGGUUUUUAAAGGCCGUGAAGAUGACAUAUCUUAAAACUUAGCUGGUUGUACUUGACUUUGUUUAGAAAUACACAUUUUCAUGUAUUUUUGCACAGAAAUGCACUGUAUUUCACUGAAGGAAUACAUGCUGCACUGGUGUUUGUAGUGCAUUUAACCUCUUGGUGCAAAGCCCUUGUAAAUCUUCCAGAUGUGGUCGUUGAAUUUCCUGAUGUUUUGUAAGACAGUUUCAUAACCCAAGUCCUUUAGUCCAGUAAUGAUGACAAAUUCUUAUAAACUGACCCUUAUUUGUGGAAGUGACUGAACUAUAUUUGUGGAUCUUGGAGCAUUCUGGAGUUUUUUGAUUGUCUAGAAAAUAAAACUCUCUGAGAGGGUUGCUUUGAUUUUUUUUUUUACCCUUCAA